UAUAAAGGAAAGAAGUUCUAUAUAUGAGGAUAUAUCGUCAUAUAAGACUUUAUCUGCGGCUCGUCAGUUCACUGAUGAGAAUGAGCAAUUUGAAGUAUAUAUUUCAAGCAGCUGUGGUGAUUGUUUGCCAGCUGAAUUGCCCUCAAAUUCUCCGACACUACGGGGGUCGUUGAGACGUGGCUAUGAAGAAUUUGAAGUAUGUCUGCCAACUGGAUUUAAAGCAGGUCCAUACAGGUAUCUGUCAGCGUCCACGGUCACCUUGCUUACCCUUAUAACGGGGCUUAAAAAGCCAGUCAUAACUGAAUACACUUGCGACGAGUUCUUUUCUUGCGCUCCUCCGAUUAGUCAUGUUACAGCUGCCUGACCUGUACAUCUUUGACAACACGCAGCUCACUCUCAGUGCUGCCGCUUGCCUUGGGCUAGUAGUAGGAGUAUUGUCUUGGGUUUAUCUUUCUCAGUCAAAGGAUCGCCUUCCUCGCCCACCUUCCCCUCCCACUUGGAGGCUUCUGGGGCACUUCCUACCGCGUCGCAAUUCAUUUCUCACAAUAGCUGGAUGGAUUGACGAGCACGGUCCUCUAAUCACCCUUCGGUCGGGAUUUCAGAAAAUAGUUAUUAUUGGCCGUUACAAAGCCGUCGUGGAUAUUAUGGAGAGCCAGGGCGGAUCGCUAGCUGACCGUCCUCGCAAGGUUGCCGCUGGAGAAAUUUUCAGCGGCGGACUGGGCAUCGCCUCUGCACCCUUUGGGGACAGGUUCCGUCGGAUGCGUAGAGCACUUCAUACGCAUCUCCAGCCUAAAGCAGCUGCGACUUAUGAGGGCUUGCAGAUGUCACACGUGAAGAACACUGUCCUCAACAUUCUUGAUGAUCCAUACAAUGUCCAGAACCAUGUGGUAACUUAUGCUGCGACAACAAUCACGAAAGUUGCAUAUGGGAGUACCACGCCCUUCUCUGCGACUGAUCCACAAGUCAUCGAGAUGCACGAAAUCAUGAAGUUGGUUAGUAAGAUCCUGCGCCCUGAUGCUUACUACUUGGUGGAGUCGAUCCCGUGGCUCAAACACAUUCCUUGGUAUGGCCGAGAAUUGAAGCAAGGGUUUGAGAAGAGCAAAAAACUCCAUGUUGGUCAGCUGAACCGCGUAAGAGAGCAAAUGCAGAGAAAUGAGGACAUCGGCCCAUCAUUCAUGAAAUAUAUGCUAGAAAAUAAGGACGUCCAUCGCUUGACAGAUCCCGAGACUGCAUUUCUUGCUGGGGCCUUUUUUGGAGCUGGAUCCGAUACGAUUGGUGUGGCAAUAUGCAUAGUGCUCCUAGCAGCGGCAUGUUUCCCUGAGGAACAAGCUAAAUUCUGUAAAUUCAAUGAUCUCCGCACUCAAGCGCCAACCUUCGCUGAUCAACAGUCACUGGUUCACCUGCGCGCCUUCAUCUAUGAAGCUUUGAGAUGGAGACCCAUUACUCCCAAUGGAAUAGCUCACCGAACAACUAAAGACGUGAUCUGGGAAAACUAUUGUAUUCCAGCUGGGACCACAGUAUACGGCAACAAUUGGGCCAUCUGUCGAGAUCCAGAAGUCUUUCCCGAGCCUGACGCGUUCAAGCUUGAACGCUGGAUUGACGACCAAGGUCGCCUGAGAGAUGAUUUGAAUAAUUUCGUCUAUGGGUUUGGUCGGCGUAUAUGCCCCGGUGAACAUGUCGCGAACAGAGCGGUGUUCAUAAACGCCCUGCUUAUUUUUUGGGCCUUCCGACUCACUGUGGAUCCUACAAAGCCGUUGGAUGACAUGGAAUUCAUGACUGGGGAGAGAUCAGAUCGGCCGUGCCCCAUUAAGAUUGAAACUAGGAUUUCGGAAACGGAGCUCAGGCGCAUGAUGCAGAAUUAUCCUGAGGCCGCGUAUUGACUGUGGAUGGAUCGCCACUAGAGAGGGAGCGAAGAACCAGUCUGGAAUGAAGAACCAAUGUUCUGAAGCAUCGCCCUAGGACUACCUAGUAUGCGCUGUAAUUCACCUUGUAACUUGUUCGAUUGUGCAUCGUGCACUGUAACUAUAUCUGUCGACAUGAUCAGGUCUUACUGCACGGUCUUGUCGCAUUCCGUC